AUGUUCGCGCUCCGGAGGGUAUGUGCGAAGCCACUCACUUAUACCGCUAGACGGGGCAAUGCGACGGUCCAAGCGGCCACGGAAGCCACCAGGCCUUCAGCCGCCGCCCCUCCGCCACCACCCGCCGUUGAAGGAGCACCGAAGGCUGCGGCACAAGCAGAGGGAGAGGCUGCACCGAAGACAGGGGGGAGGAACGUACGCAGAAGAAGACAAAGGCCUAACAUCUCUCUGGAGAAACCCAAGGAAUGGAAUCGACCGGUAGCAAAGGGUGUUAUUCCUGCGUACGAUGAGGCGUUGAAGGUUAUCCAGAAGGAUAGUGAGUUGCUCAUGGCGGAGGCCGAAGAGCUGCGGGCGGACAUCCAGAAGGCAGAGACAGAAGUGGUCCGGAAUGAUGAAGAGUUGGAAAAAAUGAGGAAGAGGUUGAACAUCUUGGAGGUGCAAAGUCGAGCGAAUCUCCCCGAGAUUAGGUGGAAGUUUGUCAAUGCCAUGGGCGACAUGUCCCAGCCUGUUUAUCGUCACCUUGCAGAACAACGGUGGCGGAAGGAUGGUGACCUCGAUUUGCUGAUGGAGCGUAUUCAUCAGAUGAAUGUGGUGCCCGACGUGCUCCCCGACCUCCACCCUUCCAUUGAUGUGCGCCUUACCGUUCCGUCGACUCUGAAACAACUCCGAGAGGGACAGAAAGUGCAUGCCCCAGUGGAGCCAGGCGCCUUUGUGUUCCCACGUCAGACCACAAAGCGCCCCAAUGUCUUCACCACCGUAUUCCAUCCGGAAACUAAGCUGUAUACUCUUUUAAUGGUGGAUCCAGAUGUUCCCCAUGUGGAGACUCAGACAUUUACCACCUAUCUCCACUGGCUACAGCCUAAUAUUCCCCUUUCUGCUACUACGCAGUCACGGCUAAUGGACCUCAAUACCCAUACUCCGUAUAUCCCUCCCCACCCCCAACGUGGAACACCUUACCAUCGCUAUGUGCUUCUUUUACUCCCCCAGUCAGAUCCAACAAAGCCACUGGAAAUACCAAUUGUCGCCGACUCCGAUCGCUUGGGCUUCGACACUCGCUCCUUUUUGCAGCAAUGGGGACUGGACGGCGCGAAAGGUGGAGGGGCGCACAUGUUCCGUGAAGUUUGGGAUACGGAUGUAUCAAAGAUUUAUUCUCGAGUACUUCGUGCUGUGGAACCCAAGUUUGGAAGACCACCCAAGUUCGAUCGGUAUGCAGAUGUCAAAAAGGUCAAGAAGUACGUUUAA